CCCAAUUCACAAACAAAUAUUUCAAUAAUGCCUAAUUCCCCAUGUUGAUGAAGUUGUGAUAGCCAUGCAUAGAAGUGCAAUUGGAUGGAGUCAAAAACCCCGCACACGAAGAACCUACACUACACGUAGUGGUUCACACCGUAUAAAAAUUUCCUCCUUGACUCCUUCUCUAACCGUUUUUUACGUUCCAAUUUCCCAAGAAUGGCGCCAAAAAAAGUUAAAGAAAUCAUCAUCGCUUGAUUGAUUUUCUCAUGGCCUACAACAUCAUUCGUCAUCGUAGCAACUUUCCAAACCGUCAAGUUUACACCGUCAACCUUCAAAACGAGAGACAUUUCCACGUCACCGUUACCUCCAACGCCGCCUCCGUCACUAGAUGGCUCGGUCAAACGCUCUUCUUGCUACCCCGGCCACUCCACGACCCCACUCUCGUCGUCGGCCUCGGCGUUCAAUGGACUCACGGCACUCCGUCAGCUGACAUCAUACAAUUAUGCAUCGGUUGCCGCUGCCUUAUUUUCCAACUCUCUCUCGCCGAUAGGGUUCCUAAUCGUCUCCGCCGUUUCCUCUAUCAUCCUCUUCAUACCUUUGUUGGAUUCUGGAACCAUACAGAUCGGUGGAAACUGGAGAGAUCGGUUCACCGGUUGCAUUUGUUGAGAGAGCCUGUUGAUCUUAGGCAUCCAGCCGGAGAUUUAUGGGAUGAAAAUCUGAGGUAUGCUUCGAUGAGAGAUAUUGUAUGGAGUGUCCUCGGUUACGACGUGACUCAGAGACAGGGGAUCGGUAUGAGCGAUUGGAGUGCAGAACAUCUCGACAUGGAUCAAAUUGCUUCUGCGGCCAUCAAGGCUUUCUGUGCGCGUCUCAUAGGAGUUCGCGUUAGAGAUUCCGCGAUGCAAUAAAAUCUAUUCAUCUAUGGUUUUAAAUUGCUUGUAGAUUUUAGGGUUUUAUAGGACACAAAUA